CUCUACCGGAACGUGAUGCUGGAGAACUACAGCCACCUCAUCUCCGUGGGCUCCCCACUCACCAAGCCUGAUGUCAUUUUCAAGUUGGAGCAAGAGGAAGAGCCGUGUGUAGCGGAGAAAGACGUGUUAAAGGGACACGGUCCAGGAGACGUCUGUGGAACUGAGGAGUGCCAGGAUGCCCAGGACCGAGUGCUGAGGCAAGCUGUCAGGGAAGCGGUGACUCACGGGGCCUGGGACUGCCCUAAGGAACUGACAAAUACGUUUCCUCCAGACUCAGACUCCGUCCCUUCCCGGCCCGCUCUCUCUGGGCCCGGCGCUCCGGGAAAGCGUUCAGAGCGCAACUUCGAUCAUCAGAACCCUGUGAGCUCCGCCACGACACAGGAACAUUCGGAAUAUGAUGACACUACGGAACCAGCUAGCAACAGCUCGCCCCAUUUUGUGGUGACCCCCUUCAAGUGCAACCACUGUGGGAUAGGCUUUAGUCAAACCCUGGACCUCAUCAGACACCUGAGAGUCCACACCGGGGGGAAGCUGUACGAGUGCCGCCAGUGCGGGAAGGGCUUCAGCCUCAAGGAGAAGCUCAUUAACCACCAUAAGCUGCACAGCGGGGACCUGUGCUACGAGUGUGACGUGUGUGGGAAAACCUUCAUUAAAAUGUCCAACCUCAUCCGGCAUCAAAGAGUCCACACCGGGGAGAAGCCGUUUGUCUGCCUGGAGUGCGGGAAGUCCUUCAGCCAGAAGUCAAACCUCAUCGAUCACGAGAAAACCCACACUGGCGAGAAGCCUUACGCGUGCAGCGAGUGUGCAAAGUCCUUCAGCCAGAAACAGAGCCUCGUGGCGCACCACAAAGUUCACACGGGCGAGAGGCCGUACGCGUGCAACGAGUGCGGCAAAGCCUUCCCGCGCGUGGCGUCCCUCGCCCUUCACAUGCGGAGCCACACGGGCGAGAAGCCCUACAAGUGUGACGACUGUGGGAAAGCCUUUGCACAGUUUUCCAUGCUGAUCAUACACGUGCGCGUCCACACGGGCGAGAGGCCGUACGUGUGCAGCGAGUGUGGCAAGGCCUUCUCCCAGAGCUCAGCCCUCACCGUGCACAUCCGGAGCCACACGGGCGAGAAGCCCUACGAGUGCAAGGAGUGUAGGAAGUCCUUCAGCCAUAAGAAGAACUUCGUCACCCACCAGAAAAUUCACACGCGGGAGAAGCCUUUCGGGUGUAACGAGUGCGGGAAAGCCUUCAUCCAGAUGUCCAAUCUGGUGAGGCACCAGCGAAUCCACACCGGGGAGAAGCCCUACGUGUGCAAGGAGUGCGGCAAGGCCUUCAGCCAGAAGUCCAACCUCCUGGCGCACGAGAAGAUCCACUCCGGGGAGAAGCCGUUCGAGUGCGGCGAGUGCGGGAAAGCCUUCAGCCAGAAGCAGAACUUCAUCACGCACCAGAAGGUCCACACGGGCGAGAAGCCCUACGACUGCAACGAGUGCGGCAAGGCCUUCUCGCAGAUCGCCUCGCUCACCCUGCACCUGCGCAGCCACACGGGCGAGCGGCCCUACGAGUGCGACAGGUGCGGCAAGGCCUUCUCGCAGUGCUCGCUGCUGAACCUGCACAUGCGCAGCCACACGGGCGAGAAGCCCUACGCGUGCAGCGAGUGCGGCAAGGCCUUCUCGCAGAGGACGUCGCUCAUCGUGCACAUGCGCGGCCACACGGGCGAGAAGCCGUACGAGUGCAACAAGUGCGGCAAGGCCUUCUCGCAGAGCUCGUCCCUCACCAUCCACAUCCGCGGCCACACGGGCGAGCGGCCCUUCGACUGCAGCGAGUGCGGCAAGGCCUUCUCGCAGAUCUCGUCCCUCACGCUGCACAUGAGGAAGCACACGGGGGAGAAGCCGUACGGCUGCGUCGAGUGCGGCAAGGCCUUCAGCCAGAAGUCGCACCUCGUCAGGCACCAGCGCAUCCACACGCACUAG